GAAGAAGUGGGCGAUAGGCACUUGACUUCAUUAGUUAAUUAGGGGGUCUAAUAAUAAUAAUAAUAUUAUUAUUAUUAUUAUUACUCCAUUAUAUUAAUAAUAAUGAGCACCAAUAAAGAUAAAGAUAAUAAUAAUGGAGAGCUGAACGAGAGACUGCUGUCGGAGUCCAAACAGGCCACCGCGGCGGCGGCGGGGGGCGGAGAAAUAAUAAGCUCGGAGCUGGAAGAGGCGCUGUCGGACCGGAGUUUUUCGAAACUCGGGCGACUGCGGAGGGCCGCCGGGGUGGAGCUUGGCAACCUGUUCCGGCUGGCGGCUCCGGCGAUCGUGGUGUACUUGCUGAACAAUGUGACGUCGAUGUCGACGCAGAUAUUCUGUGGGCAUUUGGGUAAUCUCCAACUCGCCGCCGUCUCCCUGGGCAACAGUGGCAUUCAACUCUUGGCCUAUGGUGUCAUGGUAUAAAAUAAAAAAAUAAAAUUUUUAUACUCAUAGUAAAAAAAUUAUAUUCCCUUCGUUCUCAAAAACACUUUCUCUUUCAACAAAACACUUCCACUUUCUAUUAAAAAACCACUUUUACCCUUACUUUUUCAUACCCUACCUAUCACAUCAUAUUUUUUCUCUAAUAAUCUAUCUAUCACAUC